AAUGAAACUUUGGCUGAUAAUUAGGUCUAUGAUGUGAGCGAUAGGGCCUCUUAUGAGCGGACAAACUACUGGAUUAACGCAAUUAGAGAGCAUUCAAAUAUAAUUAAAUACAUAGCAAUUGUGGGCAAUAAACUGGAUCUGAGGGACCGAUGGGAGGCCCGACACGUGACCAGACGGGAGGGUCUGGAGUUCGCGAACCGGAAGAAUGUCGAGUUUGUCGAGUGUUCGGCUAAAGUGGACAUUAAUGUCGCCGAACUGUUCUCCAAGACAUUUGACGGUAUGAUUAAACGCUAUGUAUUGACACCGAUUGUAAAGUCGACGCUUAGAUAUAAGGCCAUAGUGUUGGGCGAUCGGGGCGUCGGUAAGUCGUGCCUCAUUGAGCGCCUGUGCGGACACCCGUUCCCAAAGUCGGCGACCAGUGGUCACCAAAUGGGCGCUCAGUAUAGCUCGACAGUUGUCAAAAUCAAUCAGCGCUCAGUUAUUAUGGAGUUUUGGGACACCAGUGGACAGUCUGAAGAAGAAUCGGUGAUCCAAUUGAUGCCGAUGUGUUACCGGAGCGCACACACUGUGAUAUUGGUUUAUGAUAUACAGUGUCGACAAUCCUUUGAUAAUUUGUCGAAAUAUCUGUCACUAUUGGACAACACGUGCGCCGAAGAGAUGCCGUUUGUGGUACUGUUGGGCAACAAACGCGACGACAAGAGCGCCGCUGCGGUGGAAGCGACCGAAGCCGCGGAGUUUGUGGACUCAAAUCCAGCCAUCGGUGUGUUUGAAGAGAUGUCUGCCAAAUGUGACACUCAUUUUAAUAAAUUGUUGGCUAAGAUUUGCCGCAAUUUGAUCAUCACUUUCCCAAACAUACCAUUGCAUCAAAACAUCCGCAUUAAGAAUAGACAUCACAAGCAAAAGACAAAACUCAAGAACUGGUUUAAGUGCGGAGCGAAGUAUAUUCAGGAUUAGGUGAGAGAGAGAGAGAGAGAGAGAGAGAGAGAGAGAG